AUGGCUAUAAGCUAUGCGAAAGCCUUAUCGCCGUACGAGAAUAAAGGUGUUCUAGGAUUACCUGAGAUUGCCGAUGAUCAUCAGGAAUUGAAACGAAAGGUGGAUCAUCUUGCAGAGCUACUUUUGGCUAGUCGUUGUUGUGUGCUGCACACAGGAGCGGGUAUUAGUACUACAGCUGGUAUACCUGAUUUCCGCGGUCCAAAAGGAUUAUGGACUUUGGAGGCACGAAACGAACCAACUGAUAAUGGAAUCAGUUUUGCUGAAGCAUCGCCAACCUACACUCAUUAUGGCAUUAAUGCUCUGGAAAGCAAAAAUAUCGUCAAAUUUGUUAUUACCCAAAAUGUAGACGGUUUGCAUGUUCGCUCAGGAUAUCCAUUGAAUCGUAUUGCCGAACUUCACGGAAAUGUAUUCUUGGAGAAAUGUAUUAGAUGUGGCAGAAAAUAUUAUCGAACUGUACCAGUUGGAAGUAUCGGAUUAAAACCUACCGGGAAACAAUGCGAAGGUACAAACAGUGGACGACCCUGUCGUGGAAUGUUACAUGAUGUUUGUUUAGAUUGGGAAGAUCCAUUACCAGAAGAAGAUCUUCGCUCAGCAAAAGAAUUCUCAAAAAAUGCCGAUCUUAGCAUUUGCUUGGGUACAACACUCCAAAUAACUCCUGCUGGUGAUUUACCGCUUCUGGCCAAGAAAAAUGGUGGUAAAAUGGUCAUCAUUAAUCUUUCAAAGACAAAACACGAUCGAAGAGCUGACCUCAUAAUUAAUGGACAUGUAGAUGAUGUCAUGCGAAUGCUAAUGAUCACAUUGGAUAUCAGUGUUGCACAGAAAUUUAAUCCUGAUUUCGUUGUAUCUCUUUCUAUCCAUCCACUGGAAAGGUUCACUAAAAGUAAGAAACGACGAAGACUGAAGCAGGAGAAGGAAUGA